AUGCUCCUUUCGGUUUCGCUCUUUGGCUGGCUUCUUCUAGCCACCCACCUCCCGGUCCAUGCUCAAGAGAACCCCAAGAGGUUCCGUAUGCGUGGAUUAAGAAACGCCAACUAUGAAAAAGACAAAUUGGAAAAAUUCAAGAAGGACCAUUUGAUCCUUCCCAACGCAAAUCUACCGAAACAGAAGGUUUCUGUCGCAGGAACUGUCCAGGCCAAUGGCAAAGCGUAUUCGCUCAGUGACUUGCAGCCAUUCAGCGUCUAUUCUCGGGACGCUGUUAUAAUGAUUGAUGGAGAAGCUUUAGUUUUGGAGCAUGAAAGUCGCCGAAUUCGAUUGUUCAAGAGCAAAGGAGAUCAAGGAGAAACCGUGUUGGUUGCCAAGGAAGGAUACUUCAACGCCGACAAUGGUGGUGAAAUCAAAUCUAUCGACAUUAUCAGUCAAGAUGGUUCCGAGGUCUUCAUGGAGGCCCUUGAAGAUGGCACCCUUGUAACGAUUCGUCCAGAAGACAUGGAUCAGGACAAGCUUCGAACCCUUGACUUUGGUGAAGGAAAAGGCGACUUUAUCACCAGUCAGCUCAUGGACAAAAACAAUCGUUUUCUCCAAGAAAGCUGCAAUUCCUUCAAGGUCGUGGAAGUUGCCGUUGCUUAUGACUCUACCUUCUGUGCUCAGGUUGCUGGUAACUCGGAAAGUACUGCUAGGAGUCUGGUGGAGCUUUUCAUUGCUCGAGCUGAUACACUGUUUGAACCCAUCUGCGUUCGCGUUCGGCUGUCUUACCUCGAAGGAUUCUGUUCCCAAGCUCAAGAUCCAUACAUCGCAGCGGCAAAUGCCGACAACAUUGGGUGCGGUGGCCCUGGCACCCGGGGUGCACUUCAAAUCUUUCAAGAUUUUUGGGAGGGCUCGAGAGCGAACGUCAACCGAGACGUAGCUCACUUUUUUGUUGGGCGCGACUUUCCUGGAAGCGCGAUCGGUUGUGCCUACGUCUCAUCGUUGUGCGAUUCGUUGUCCUAUGGUGUGAAUCAGCUGUCCUUCUCCACCAACACGCAACUACAGGGCAGUGUUUUUGCUCACGAGUUGGGACACAACAUGGGUGCCUAUCACGUCAGCGAUCCUGAAAAUGCCGGCGACUUUCUUAUGGAAGGCAGAGUGAAUAGCGCAAGUAACGGUGUCUCCUCCGAGUCCUCCAAUUACAUUCUCGAGCACCUGAAUACCCGAAACUGUCUGUCCAUUGAAGGUACCAGUAAUGACGAUACUCCCAAUCCCACACCGGAACCUACGCCGGAGCCAACUCCAAAUCCUACUCGAAGUCCUACACCCAAUCCUACACCGAAUCCUACUCCGAAUCCUACACCGAAUCCUACACCGAAUCCUACAUCGGUUCCUAUUACUCCUGUCCCAGUUCCAAACCCGACCUCUCCUCCAGUCAACAACCCUACUGACUAUUGUACUGGGCAUGAGUUUCGCCUUGAAUUGCAGACCGACCAGUGGGGCGAGGAGGUGGACUGGCAGGUUGAAGAUCCCAGUGGAAACAUUGUCGUUCAGGGAGGUAGCUAUCCUUCUGGUGAGAACUUUAUCGAGGUCACCGAAUGUUUGCAGAGCGAUGGGGUGCACACUUUCAGAAUCAUGGACAGCUACGGUGAUGGCAUGUGUUGUGGUGGAUACUAUAAGCUCUGGUACGAUGGCAAUCUUGUGAUUGCUCAUGACGGACAGUACGCCGAUGGAGAAACUGUGACUGUUCCAGGUGGUCAAGUUAACGAGGCACCAGCUGGGAGUCCUAACCAAGCACCGGUUCCAAAUCCAACUCCGGCGCCGGUUCAAAACCCAACCUCUCCUCCUGUCAAUAGUCCCACCGGAUCCUGCAACCACGAGUUUCGUUUGGAGCUUCAAACAGAUGAGUGGGGCGAGGAGGUGAGCUGGCAGCUUGACGAUCCAAACGGCAAUGUUGUCGUUCAAGGAGGCAACUAUCCUUCUGGUGAAAACUUCGUCGAUACUACGGAAUGCUUGAGCAGUGACGGGGUCCAUACUUUCAAAAUCAUGGACUCUUACGGCGAUGGAAUGAUCGGUGACGCAUACUACAAGCUGUGGUAUGAUGGUAACGUUGUAAUUUUUCACGAUGGGCAAUACGGCUAUGGCGAAUCCGUCACUGUUCCAGGUGGCGAUGUAUUCUAA